GAUCUAUGAGAUUUCAGAUGGCUGCCAAUUCAUUGUGUUGUGUUAUAGUUACAGUCAAACAAUAAUUGCUUCACUAAUGUAGUCCUUUAUUUCAUCCUCUCCUGUUCUGCUGCAAUGGUUGGAGCGAAGAAGCAUGUAAAGCCAAGACUCUGACGUAGUAUUCCAGGCUAAAUUAUGCUUAUGCAGGUGUGACUGCAGGCUAGUGGCGACCAUACAGAAGGUGCCAGGCAAUAUCUGUAGUGCCGACGAUCCGGUCAGCACUUCUCAAUACAUACACCGAUCAGGACAGUGACGUGAACAUCGUAUGCCUCUUUCAAACCAAACAACAGCCCCCCCAUCAACAACUGCAAUCACACUUUUGCAGUUUUUCUUUUCUGGGGUCCAAAGGCAACGAGGAUUCUCUGGUUACGCGAUCUUACACUGCCCCUCCAUCUGCAACAUGCCAGGCAUCUUCAGCCUUUCCAAAUACCUUCCCCGCACUUCUCCCCAUCAUGUCGAGCCUUCCGAUAGCGAGAAAUGUGUCGAUGAUUUCAAUCUCGAUGUAAUACUAGUCUAUCCAGAGUCGAAGGAAUCGGCUGAAGACUGGCCAGCAAAGUUCCGGGCAAUCACCAAGUCAAACAUCUACCACUUUCGGAUGCGGCCAAAGUCGUCCGACACAGCGAAGGAUCUUGAGGGUUCUCCAGAAGAGGGCGCAAAUCUGCCGGCAGAUCCGCGACCAGAAGGCGCUUACGACAAGUCAUCGACAAGACCGGUUGUGUUUGUUGCUGAGACUCCCCAAGCUCGAACUGCAUUCGAAGAGGUGCGCCAGCCUGAACCGCUUAUACUCGACCACACGGGAAGUCGGAUACCCUUGGCCGGACGUAUCUAUGGCGUGGUUGAGCUGCGACGUGCAUCCAAUUUCAAAUUCACAUGUAUGCUCGCCUGGGGGCAAUGGAGCUUUCGCAAUAUCGUGAAGAAUUACUACGGCUGCCGGCAAUCGACCGACAAGUGUCAAUCUGCGAGACAGCCAAGGAUAAUCACCAAUCCGUCAACAGGCCUUGUUAUCUUCAUCGCGAUCAUGUCCAUGGUGGAUUACUGGUUGCAGUACGACAUUAAUCGAGGGGACCGUUACCAGCGACUAUGCCUGAUUACUGGAAUCACGAUGGGCUUCUUGUUGAGUCAGUCUGGUCCGUCCAUGGAACCGUUACCUACAUUGAUGGCUGCGAUGAACUUGGCGAUGACUUGCAGCGCUUUUGGGCACUUGAUCUGGCGGAAGUACUUUAGUACGUGUGAGGGGAGAUUGGAGCAGAAGCUCGAUGAGUGGAAAGAGGAGGCACGCCAUAUCCAGACUUACUCGCGAAAAGACCUCAAGCUCGAGUGCGAAGCCCAGAAGCCCCACGUUGUCAAGUUCCAUGAGUUGGACUAGACGGAUCGAGUGUUAAUUAGUGUACUAGUGGAGCGACGGAUAGCUAGAGGGGAAUUUGUAACGAACAGUCCUUUUC